AUGUUGGUGUUAUUCCUAGUGUUCGCAUCAUUGGCGCAAGCUCAAAAGCCGGCAAGAUUCAAGUCGUGGAAGCCGAAGUUCUAUCGCGAGUGCGAGGUGUUGUCGUCGACCGAUGCGACGCAGCCGUUCCUCGGCGGCAUCUCGUGUGGUUCCAGCUCGUACUACAUAAUGAGUGGAAUGUACCCGACGAAAAUUGCGUCCACUUCGACGUUGGGACUCAUCAAUGUCGGCUGGAUUACGACAGCAGCGUUGCGCGACGAGGACAAAUUCUGGAAGGCUUGCAAACGCUAUAUGACGCGAAUUUUCGACGGGCUUUACUCGAACGCCGUCAACGCCUGCUUUCUGACGGUCAAUCCGCCGGCAAAAGUGCCGGUGUGCACAACGACGAAGGAUUUGAUCUACCGCAGCGGCAGCGGCUAUUGUAUGACAAAGCGGAUUUGUGGCGCGAGUGUGCCGAUCAAAUUCUAUGGAAUGACGGGAUCGAAUGAUACGUUGAUCUACAGUUGGGAGGCGGCCAACGACGCGCAACUCGAGGCUCGCGGGCUCGUCGAGCUCGGCAAAUGCUAUGGCUACAAGUUGACGCCGAAUCCGUCGAAGACCGACGUCACCAUCACGACGCCCAAUUAA